UGUCAAGCACAGAAGGUCACACGCGUGCUUUUAAACGCAGGAGCUGUUGUAUGAGAGCUGAGAAAGAAAUGUGUGUCAGUAAGUAGAAAUAUAGCGACUUUAAGCAGUGCAGCACAAGAUAAUUCAUGCUUAUACAAAAAGCACCAAGCCGUAUAGGAAUGUUGCCUCUAAUUAACUAAGGGAAUACUGCAAGAAACAUAUAGCUUAGCCUAUCCACUCUUCUUAGCUAGCUUUUCUUCCAAGCAUCACCUUUCCAUAACUGUCGCUAUGUUUAGGAGUCUUGUUAGACUUCGGAGUCGGUUUGGAAAUGCCCUUUCACUCUGCAAAGAGUGCCCAACAAGUCAGCUUUCUUUGAAAUACUCCACAGCAACAGCAGAAAGAAGGAAAUUUUAUCAAGAUGUCAGUAUAUCCCAAGGCGAAGGUGGUUUAUAUGAAAUAAACCUAGACCAAAGGAAAUUGAAAACUCCUGGAGGGAACUUGUUUACAGUGCCAAAUGAACCCCUGGCCAUUGCUGUGGCAACCGAGUGGGAUGCUCAAAGAGAGACACUCAAGUUUUACACUAUGCACCUGACCACCCUGUGCAAUACAGCUCUGGAUAAUCCCACUCAACGCAACAAGGACCAAAUGAUCAGUGCUGCUCUGAAGUAUCUGGAGACUGACACUGUCUGUUACAGGGUAGAUGAUCCCUAUGGUUUGGUUGAGCUACAGAAGAAUGAGUGGGACCCCGUGCUGCACUGGAUUGAAAACAGAUAUAAUGUCACUAUUGGCUCCUCGUCCAGUAUUUUGGGUCCUGAGAUCCCAGAAGCAACCAAAGACACCUUCCGGCAACACCUGAAAUCAUACAAUUUCUGGUCCAUGACAGGGCUCGAGUAUGUGAUCACCCAGCUGAAAUCUGUUGUGCUGUCGUUUGGGAUGAUUGACAAACAUCUGAGUGUGGAGCAGGCUGUUUUGCUCUCCAGACUGGAGGAGGAAUACCAGAUUCAGCGCUGGGGAAACGUGGAGUGGGCUCAUGACUACGACAUGUAUGAGCUGAGGGCACGGACUGCUGCCGGGGCUCUUUUCAUUCAACUCUCAUCUGAGAGUUCAACUGUCAAACGCAAACUAAUGCAGGACUGAGAAGCUCAAACAUAAAACUCUUAAAAGGCACGCAACACAUCUGCCCCCCAAACUGAGAACACCAUAAACACCUCCAGCUUAUCCAUGCUUCUUCUACAUCCAUGCAGACAAACACAACACACCCUGUUUGUUCUAUUUAGCAAAUGACAGCUGUUCUGUGUGUGUGAUCUGUUAUAGAGUCAUCUCACUCCCGUAAAACACAUUGGCUGUCAUUUUUGCAGUGUUAAUAUGCAGCAGCUGCCAAGUGUGACACCCCUCACUGAGUUUCCAGUCGGUUCUCAGUCAUCCGUGACAUUUUGGACACUGCGUAUGCUUUCAAGAGAAUGGUGACUAAUGUUGUUUUCUGUUUGGUGGCGGAAUGUUAAUGCCAUGCCUGCUUUCUCUGUCUGCGACAUUUGAAUAUUGCAAAGUGAAUAUGCUAUCCUAUCAGCACACUGUCCACACCAACUGUGCUGUAUGCAUGGUGUUUGGAAACGGUAUACUUCAUGUGAAAAACAAAUCACUUGCAUUUGGUGGAACGAUAUACUGUAUUUCAUACUGUAUUUAAGAUUGUCAUUUAUUUUUCUGUGUAAUUUGACAUUUUUGUGUGGUAAUUAUUGAACAAUUAAAUGCUGCACAGGUAUAGUC